CCGCGGUCCGCUCGAUGCUCUUCUCCGUCUCGCCGCCGCGCUCUCCCCCCUCCGCCUUCCCUCCCCACCUUCUAUCGCGUCGCCGCGCUCUCCUCCCCCACCUUCGGUGGCCUCGCCGAGCUCCUCUCCUCCUUCCCGCGGCGACGGAUUGAGUUCAAACUUGGACCUUUGAGUUCAAGCCGGCGACGGAUUCCGUCGAUGCGAGGCCUUCACCGCCGCCAAGCUCCUGGCGCCGGUGGCCGUGAGCUUCAAGGGAGACCCCAUCCUCUCUCCCUCCCAGAUCCACCACGCAGCUCGCUCGCGCGCCGGGAUACCGACGCCAUGGAGGACGCUGCUCCACCCCUGCUUCGCUCCGUGCCCCCGGUGCUAUGGAGGACGCCGCUCCACCCCUGCUCCAGCCUCAAGGGUACCCCAGGUUCAAUUCGUGGUGUGAUCUUGAGAUGCCCAAUUCCUUUUCCCAGCCAGCCCUAUAGACCUCAUCAGGAAGUUACCCAAACCUUUGCUUGCACAUCGGACGGCGGGCUUCCUAUGCGCGUGCCGAAGCGUCUCCGGGGUUCAGUUUUCUGCCUCCUCUGUUCUGUUGGACUCUGUUCUUCAGCCUAAAUAAACAUGCUCCGCUUCAGCUCUCUUCACCGCUGCAUAGGAGAUGGGACAUACGACCUCUAUUUGUUUACAGAGGGAGUAUAUAAAAACAUAAAUGGCACCAAUAAUUAUGUAUCGAUUAUUUGCUGCAUGUUGAUUAGUCCUGUUACUAUUAUUCCUGUUACAACAUGAAAAAGUUGAUUGGUUAAUCUCAGUGUCCAGCCACAGUAUAGAUCCUUGCUCAAGUUGCCUCAUGUCCAGCCAUUGUGCCUUUUCAGUUUAC